UUGCUGUAUUAAUGAUAACAUCAGGAGGUGGCAAUGGCAGAAAAUGAUGAUUAUUUAGACUCAAUUGACAACAAUCAUUUAGACGGAACAAACGGUUCCCUCAAUAUGACCGACAGCAGCCUCGGGGGUGGCGACGAGGCGGCCGGUAACGAAGUGCCAGACCUCGCGGCGAUCAAAGCGCGCGUGCGUGAGAUGGAGGAGGAGGCAGAAAAGCUCAAACAAAUGCAGACUGAAGUGGAUAAGCAGAUGAGCAUGGGCAGUCCGCCUGGACUCACGAGUCCUCUGAACAUGUCUAUAGAGGAGAAGAUCGAAGCAGAUAAUAGAUCAGUGUAUGUCGGCAAUGUGGACUAUGGGGCCACAGCUGAGGAGCUGGAACAGCAUUUCCAUGGUUGCGGCUCUAUUAAUAGGGUUACAAUAUUAUGUAAUAAAUUCGAUGGGCACCCGAAAGGCUUCGCAUAUAUAGAAUUCGGAGACAAAGAUAGUGUACAGACAGCAAUGGCCAUGGACGAGUCACUAUUCAGAGGACGGCAGAUCAAGGUGAUGCCGAAACGCACUAACAAGCCGGGUCUUUCGUCGACGAACCGGCCACCGCGGGGCAUGCGCGGACGCGGCCGGUCGUUCCGCGGCGGCUUCUACUAUUCCGGCUACCGGCCCAUGCGCCGCGGCAGACCUUUCAGGCGUGGUGGGUACUACUCCCCAUACUGAGUGUGGUAGUGAGGGUUGCUCACCGCGCGACCCUUGUGCAAGUGCGGAGAUCGGCCUCCCAACGAACAAUGCCGUUUAUCGCUCGGAACUUUCUGGAAACUUUACAAAUAUGAGAACAUUCUUUCGUGCAAAUGCGAUAGAAUAUACUGGGAUCUAGUAAUGUAUAUCAACUUUUGCCUGUAAUUCGUCCACAAAAAUCAUGAAGUAAUUCAUACAUAGUUACAAAUAAACCGAAUUAAAAUUAUCAAUAGUGUUGUCGCAAAAAAUUGUUUUGGCAGCGAGGGUGGAAGAACGUACACACUUUAUUAAAAUGGUAGUCAAGUGUUUUCUCACGAAUAUGAUUAUUAAUGCGCUAGCAGUUCUUAGACGAGCCUGUACACUAAUCAUCUAUAUGAUAUUAUAAGUGUGUAAUCAAAUGUUACAAUAUUCGAUAUCCAACAUAUUGGCCGACAAGUAGACUCUUAAAAUCGAUUGCGUUCCAACAGUACACCCAACACACUUAGUCGGCUAAAUUUGAAAAAUCUGUUUUUAGAUGAAAUCCCUUUUUUACUCUUCAAGCUCAAUAUCGGGCAAUUGAAGCUUAAAAUAUAAUUUCUAGACCUUUUUUAAGUUAUAAAAAAAGUGUAAUCAUAGGCUGACAUAUAAUUAGUUCUAGCAAACCUGUUUUCUUUUGUGCCUACUCAAAAGUUCACAUUUAUGGAAGUUACGAGGUUUACGAAUUUAGCCAACGACUUGUGUCUUGUCUACCAAUACGUAGGAUAGUAAGGGUCAAGUGUAAACCAAACAUCUAGUUUUACAAACUACAUGUUAAGACUAGAGUAAGUGUUAUUCGAACGACAAACGGUUCCCAUUAAAUGCGAAUUUUAUAGUAUUUAGCACUUAAUAUUGUAAGUAUUUGCCUGGCAAGUUCUACCUCCCUUAGCAAUAAUAAGUAACGGAAGUAUUGUGUACGUUAUUUGUAAAAGUAAGAUAUAGACUUCCCGCAUUUGCUGGUUAGCAUUAUGAAUAAGAUAGCAACUACCAGACGUGGUAGGCGUAAAAUUUGUAAAAGAAAAAUAAUUGCCUUUAGGUAGGAAAUUGUUAUAAGAUGAAAUAUAGUUUUUAUCGCGUGUAAUUUGUAUCUUCUAGUUACUCGCCUUUCCUUGCAGGGCACUGCCCGCUUUAAAGAGCAUGUUAGGCCAUUAUGCCCUCGUCAAACUCAACGCAGUAGCUUUGAAAUGUCUUUCAGAAAACAAUCACCAAGCUAUGCAAGUCUUCGAUGUUUUCCGUCGCUUAGACACUUGUUCUAAUGCCCGUACUAAUUCGAAUUCAGGUAUUUGUGUUAGUAGGUGCUGUUUUUCUGGGUAUAAAAGGUAAGUACACCCGUAUUUGCCUUUAAAAAACUACCCACUUGCACUUUUAAAAAUAACUAUACUAAGCACUGUGAACUAGGAAUCAAUUUCCAAAAAGUCCCGAGCGAUGUAUUAAAUUUAAUGUAUAGGUAAGAUACCUCAUUUUUCCACUCCGCCGUGUAAAUUAAGAAUCACACGAAAAUGAAGUUUGUUUUUAUUUGUAUUAAACAAUGAUUUUUUUAAAAGAACUCGUUAAAUAGGAAAUGUAAGAUUGUAUUUAAUUAUGUACAAAACUCUGAGAAUUGAUCGAGAUUUGUAUGUAAUUUACAAUAUUUCAGUUGGACUGCAUACUAGUGUUAUUUGUACUAAUUAAUCAGUGGACUAAUUAGUAUAGUUUGUUUUUUUUUAACCCUUAAUUGGACUAUGAUAACUUAUUGACCACCUAUGUUUACUGAAUAAUAAGCCGCAUUGUAUCCAUAAAUAAUAAUUUUUAUUCUUGAGAAGGGGCUGAAAACUUGGAUCAGUGCCUAACAAAUGAAUAUUUUUUGCCGCCAAAUUUUAUGUAUUUCAUGAAGAAUUCAAGUGAAAGUACAAGAUAAAUAAAUGAUGCAGGGCGACAAUUGUGUGAAAACCUGUAAUUCGUGCGGGAUAAGUGACCACGCCCGUUCAUCAAGUUUAAAGUGCUUAACCCUUAAAUGCUAUUGUCAUUUUCAUAGGACACUAUUACUAUUUUCGCCGAGUCAUUGUACCACAUAUAGUAAAUUUGGAAAAUUUAUACCGUUUCUAUUUUAUCAUUUAUUCUAUGUUGUAUCUAGAAAUAAUAUUAUUAGAUCAUAAUGAUAUUGAUUUGUGAGACUUAUUACAAGAUCGAAAGUGUCCUUGCUGAUAACGUUGAUUAUAGAGGCAUGUUGAGUUAAAUAAAAAAAUACUAUUAAAAGGAAAUAUAAACUUAUAUUUGUC